AUGCCUACAGAAAAUAUACCUCAAGAAUUGAAAAUUGAAUAUAAAUCAUCUGUGACAACAUAUUCUCCAAUAAUUCAAUUAGUGCCUUCUGAUGCAAAUGUACAGAUAACAGAUGACAUAGCAAGUGUGAAAUUAUCUUGUAAAUAUUUUCCUUACAAAGGAUUAUACAGUUUGAUUGUGCAUACUGAUAAUGGAACACGGGUUUGCAAAGAAUUAAAUGUUAUUACACCAAGUAUUGAUUUGAUUGUUUCUCCUACAACAUUCACUACAUAUCCUGAUAAGCCUGUACUAGUACAUUUUAAAGCUCCAGAUAAUUGUAGUGAUGAAUCAGAUGAAAAUUUGUUAGUUUUGAUUCUGAUAUUUUGUGGCGAAGAUACCUAUUGUAAUAGUGAAAGUUCAACUAAUGGUCAUCACAAAAUCUAUUCCCAAACUCUGCGAAAGCGAGAUAUAGUGUCAUAUAAAACAGAGCUUACUUGUCAGUUGUUUGGUCAAGCUGGUUACUAUGGAAUACAAUUGAAGGAUGAUCUUACGAAAAAAAUAAUUUUAGCAUCAACUAUUGUCAAGGUUGACUGGAGCGAUCGUUUUGUAUUCGAUGUCCAUGCAAAAAGUAUUUUUCCCUGCGAUAGUAUGAAUGAAAAUGGCAUCGGAGUUCUCUUCCAGUAUCCCUCGUGUAUAUUAAGUGAUGGCGAUCGAAUUCGCGUGUACGCGAAACGCCGAGCGGACGUUGCAUCUUUGGCACCGCCGACUACCUUGCAUUACGUAACUGAAAAACGUGUGACUAAAGGACGACAUAGUAUGAGAUUUGAUUGUGAAUUGUUUAGUGAACGGUAUGUAGAAUAUUGUUUCGUAUAUGUGAGCCGCGCUAUAACCGGUGCCGUAGUGGAUGUGCGGAUGGUAUGUUUGCCUACAUUACCCACUAUGCCAGCUGGUGGCUGGGGACCCUGGAGUGCUUGGACCCCUUGCAGCGAGAGUUGCGGUUCCGGCAUUAGAACAAGGUAUCGAGUUUGCAAUGAUCCUUCUCCUAGAUAUGGAGCGGCAUUUUGUGAGGGAGAUUCAGUGGACACGGAAGUAUGUGGCACCAGUCCUAUUGAUCGCUGGCAAUGUCUUUACGGCGGCACGCUCGUUGCGAUGGCAGAACGCGGAGAAACUAUCGGAGAAAUGGACCCUUUGUGUAGAUGCGGUUGUGUAUUGCAUUUAAGUCGAUUUACCGCUAAAAGUCUCAUUGCAACUUCAUCAGAAAGCUGCCCAGGGCGCGCCUUUUGGCUUUUACAGGCUGAACCAGGACAUAUCGUCACAUUCAAAAUAGUGUACUAUCAGUUGCCUUGUGUUUCACAAUGGAUAAAGAUGCGCGAUGGUGAAAGUCUUUCUUCGUCGCUUCUUGGACAUCUAGAGUAUUCCCAGUAUCCGCGUGGGCAUAAUCCAUCUGUGGAAUACGUAUCCACUGGUAUAUAUAUGCUUAUAGAAUUUAAUUCUAAUGAACAACUAACAUCUUUAAGAAAAUGCCCUUCUGAGAUCAUGGCAUAUGCAACUCAAAUAGUUGCCCCCAAAAUAAAUCGAAACAAUACUUCAACAGAUCAAUUUGCCAUCAACUUUAAGGAUAAAUUUUCAUUAGCAUAUAUAACAGCAUUUGCUUUUAUUGGUUUGAUUCUUUUUCUCAGUGGAAUACUUGGAUCGCAGUAUUUAUUGCGAUACAGAAAAUAUGAAUUGGCAGAAGAUCUUGAGUCUUUAGUCGACACUCCUGGAUCAGAAGAAUUGCUGUCACUUCAGGGAAGAUCUAUUUCAAAUGGUACUUUACUCUCUGAAGUGAUAUCAUUAGUUCGUCUCAAACCUAGAGAUAUCUCAAAAAACAACUUUGAAUUACAUACUGAAAAAUCUUCCCCAACUAAUAGCUUACAGACAACUAGUGCCGAGAAAGAAUUAAACACUACAGAAAGAUAUACGCCACAGACAUGUGUGAAAAAUGAAGUAAUGAUAACAAAUGAAAGCCCAAAAGUUUAUCAGGAGGAAUCACACAAUGAUAAUGAAAUAAUCCGAACCUCUGACAAAGUUUUAGAAGUAAAAUUGACAUCUGGCUACUAUUCACCAAGUGCAGGGAGUAUUAGUGUGGCAAAAAUUAGAUCUAUGAAUCACAAAGAAAAUAAAGAAAAAAUAAAUCGAGAAAAGGUUUUAUCAGAUCCAGGAUCAGAAUUAUCUCUUUCUAAUGCAGAUUUAGAAAUGGAAAUGGACUAUUAUGAUUAUAAUGUAAUAAAUGCUGGAGCCAUUCCAGGUUCCUAUCUGGGGAUGGACCCAGCGUUUUUAGUUUGGAUACCGCCUCUAACAAAUGGCGAUUCAAGAGAAUUAGUUGAAGAUAUACUUCCAAGAAACUAUCCUAUUAGUCCUGGCAGUAACAAAGAGUCGCCUGAUGAAGAUGCACUAGUUAAAAAUCAUAAUACUAUUAGAAAAUACAAUGAUAUUCUAAAUAAAAAUGUCGAUUCAAAAAUUGAACUAGAUUCCAAUAUAUGGGAAAAUAAUCAAGAAGUUCUAGUUAAGGAAGUAACUUUGAAAGAUAAAUUAAAAAACGUGGAUUUAAUCCAUGCUCAUCAAGUAACAUCACAAAAUAUUCCAGUAAAAGAGCAAACUUGCAAAAAAACAAAUGAUAGCAAGUGGUUAGACGAUAUACAAUAUGCUGAUGAUGAUGAAAUUGAAACUGAUUUUAAUGGACCCAGUGAAUGUGAUAACCGCUGUAAAAAUGUUUGUGAUUGCAAGGAUUGA